UGCACAAUGGUACGUUGAAAAUGAACACUUCAGUUUAACCCACGACAGAGUCCUUGCUCAUGUUUACCUUUUGUAAUCACGAAGGGAGAAUCUCUCUCCCAAUUACUCAACCGCAGAGUUGGUAAACACUCUACUCUCGUAAACAUUAUCCCUCAAAAAUCCUCAAAUGUAUGAGGAGACGUGGUGGCGCCAUGAGGCUGUAAUGUUUGAGGUGGAAAAACAUCUUCUCUCCUCGUUGCACCCGAGCAAACCGACGCCAAUUGCAGUGGAGUGAACGUACUCGGGCAGACAUAGGCAGUGGUGUGAGACAGAUAUAUGAUACCGUAGAGGAGUGCACGGAAGUCGGGUAAAAGCUGUCGUCUUUUAUAUUUUGGAAAUUUAUCACGGGGUUUUCCUUUUUGCAGACCAAUAAUUAUAAUGGAAAUGGAAACUCCCACUCAACGCUGGACAGUUGUAAAUGGGGAAAAUAGAUUUAUGACGAGACAUUUUUACAGCUUGACCUAAUUAAAAUAAAGGUGUUGCCGGUGGUUUUAUAAGUGACCUGGAAGCAACCCAUCUUCACCAGUUCACCGGUUCGCUGAACAUCACAUCAUGCGUUUGGUGAGAUCAGAAAUUCUCUCCUGUGGCUGUAUUAUUUUAAUACUCGCUUUCGUUACUCUAGAUGUCAAAGCGAAAGCGCCUGUAAAAAUUGUCGGGGGUAGCUAUGCGAAAAUUGAAGAAUUCCCAUCAUUGGUCGCGAUUGGACUGAGUGGAGAUGGGAUCUGCGGUGGCAGUCUGAUUUCCAAUAGACAUGUGCUAACCGCUGCACAUUGUCUUCUCAACGAACGCUUAAAUGUCAACACGCCUGCUGAAGUUAUGACUGAAAAUGAAAUUCACGUGUACACGGGCGGUAACAAUAGAGGACAAUUCGAAAAGCCACGGGAAGUUGAGAGAAUACACAUUUACAAAGACUUCAAUUUUACGGCGCCCGUGAGUCCUCAUGACAUAGCUAUUUUGACGCUCAAAGAUGCCAUAGUAUCAGGAUCCACACGAAAACCUAUUGCAUUACCAACUCGCGCUGCACAACCAGAUGAAAUUGGUUACAUAGCUGGUUGGGGUGACCUUAAUGAAUACGGCUUAGCUGCAGAAAUGUUGUACCAGACUCAGAUGAAAGUCGAAAACUGUUCCAAAUUUAAUUUAUUCCGGCUCGACACCGAACUCUGUGGAUUCAUUCGCAAAGGCAGUGGUCCUUGUACCGGGGAUAGCGGUGGCCCGCUAAUAAUCAACGAUCGAAUCGCUGGAAUUAUCAAGUCUUCAUGGAAAUGUGGUGGUAGUAAACCCGCAAUCUUCACAAGAGUAUUCAGCUAUAUCGAAUGGAUUCACAGGAUUAUCGACUUUGACUACUGAAGAACAUAUUGAAAAAGCGCUCGUCAGUCACUUAAAACGUCAAACAAAUCGCUGAUACUUCAACCAAUUUUCUAUUAAACAUUUUACAUUCAAA